AUGGCACGAAAACAACAAAAGGAGCGUACUCCCGAGAAAUACGCAGAAGAUGACUUCGUGAACAACGACGAGAGCGAAGACGAGAACGACAUGGAUGAGGAAGACGGCCCACCUACCAUCGACCCGUAUGAGGUGCUGGGACUCGAGGUAGAAGCCACUGCCGAUGAGGUGAAGAAGGCAUAUCGCAAACUAGCGCUCAAAUGUCAUCCGGACAAGGCUGCACCCGAUGAGAAGGAAGCCGCCAACAAGGCCUUCCAAGAAAUCGCAUUCGCAUACGCCGUACUCUCCGACGAUCGCAGACGCAAGCGCUAUGAUCUUACUGGCAGCACAGCCGAGACACUCGAAGACGAUGAUGACUUCAACUGGCUGAAGUUCUACCGCGAGCAGUUUGAGAAUGUCGUCAACGAGGAGGCUAUCAACAACGUCGCGAACGAAUACAAGGGCAGCGAAGAGGAGCGUCGCGAUCUGGUCAAAGCGUUCAAAAAGGUCAAGGGCAACUUAAACAAGGUGUAUGACCUCGUCAUGCUGUCUGACAUCCUCGAGGACGACGAUCGGUUCAGACAAAUCCUAGACGAGGAGAUAGAAAACGGCAACGUCAGUUCAUACCCUGCGUACGAAGCCGAGACAGACGAGACACGUCAAAAAGCCAAAGACGCCGAGAAGAAGAGACGUGAAGACUUUGAUAAGAAACACGCUCAAAAAGAAGAGGCGGGAGCCACAAACGGCAAGGCCAAGGCGAAGCCGAAGGGUAAGAAGAGUGGCACAGAUGACAUGGCAAGUCUAGCGGCUCUGAUUCAGGGGCGCCAGAAGGCACGAGCGGGCAACUUCUUCGAUUCGCUGGAGGCCAAGUAUGCGCCCAAGUCGCGAGGUUCAAAGCGUUCGACACCCAUGGAGGAGCCGUCAGAAGAGGCUUUUGAAGCCAAUCGCAAGAAGCAGAAGCAGAGCGGUCGCUCAAAAAAGAAGGCCAAGGAUGAGAGUGAAGAUGAGGAGAUGGAUCUUGAUGAGGAGGAUAUUGGCGACUCUGAAGAAGAGGCAGAGCCCGCACCGAAGAAGUCAAGAGCGAAGCCUAAAGCGCGGGCAACACGAGCACGCGGGCGGGCUUAG